AUGGCGAACUUAGUUAUCCCUGGGGAUAAAUUGAGUAUUAAUAAUGAAGUUCCCCUUUCAUUAGGUCCAGGUGUAUCUUGUGAUCCGAGGAGUCAAGAGGUCAGACCGGUUAAUGCCGGAUUGGAGGUAGUGAGUAACACAAAGAAAGGUCAAUCUCUAUAUGUGGAUUAUAACUCAAAAAGAUAUCUACCAUCAGUAGGGGAUUACGUUAUUGGUCUUGUUACAGCUUCUUUUUCGGAUAGUUAUAAAGUAUCCUUGUCCAGCUUUUCCUCUUCAGUGGUCCUAUCAUAUAUGGCUUUUCCAAAUGCUACGAAAAAGAACAGACCGACGCUGAAAGUUGGUGAUUUAUGUUAUGCCAGGGUUUGUAGUGCUGAAAAAGAUUUGGAGGCUGAAAUAGAAUGUGUAGAUUCUACUACCGGCAAAGAUGCAGGGUUUGGUAUCUUGGAGGGUGGUGCUGUUGUUGAAGUUCCGUUGGCUUUUGCUAGGGAACUUCUCUUUAAUAAUCAGUAUCCGUUCCUUCCAAUUCUAGCUCAGAAUAUUGAGUUUGAAGUUGCUAUUGGGCUUAAUGGAAAAAUAUGGAUUAAAACGGCUAAUUUGAGUACUACUUUAGCAUGUUAUAGAGCCAUUCAGAAGUGCUGUAAGAGACAACCAUCUGAAUUUAAAUCGACAAUAAAAUCUGAAUUCAAGCAAUUCGCAAAUUUAAACGUUUAG